AUGGAUAAAAUGGUUCUAGUUACCGGUGGAACAGGCCUUAUCGGUAAAGCCAUCGAAUCCGUGAUCAACAAAGAAAAGCCUCUUGAUGAACAAUGGAUUUUCGUGGGCUCUAAAGAUGCGGAUCUAACUGAUCUAGCGGCGACACGACAAAUGUUUCUAAAACAUCAACCAACCCACGUGGUCCAUCUGGCAGCAAUGGUUGGAGGGUUAUUCCACAACAUGAGCAACAAUCUGGAUUUUCUACGGAAGAACAUGUCAAUCAACGACAACAUUCUGCUGCUGAGCCACGAGCUAAAAGUGAAAAAAGUCGUAUCGUGCCUAUCGACGUGUAUAUUCCCCGAUAAAACAUCCUAUCCUAUAGACGAGACCAUGAUUCAUAAUGGACCGCCGCACGAUUCUAAUUUUGGCUACAGUUACGCAAAGCGUAUGAUCGAUGUCCUGAAUCGAGCCUACAAUCAACAGUACGGUGACAUGUUUACUUCCGUAGUGCCUUGUAACGUGUUUGGACCGAAUGAUAAUUUCGUGCCGGGUGUAAGCCACGUCAUUCCCGGGAUGAUCCAUCGUUUGCACGAGCUUAUGUUUGUUAAUAAUACCGACCAACCUCAAGAAGAGAAGGUAUUUUCCGUAUACGGAACCGGAAAGCCACUGCGGCAGUUCAUAUAUUCGCUGGAUCUGGCCAAGCUGUUCAUCUGGGUUCUGCGCCACUACGACAGCGUCGAACCGAUCGUCCUUUCCGUCGAUGAAUCCGCCGAGGUGUCGAUUGCGCAGCUAGCUGAAUCGCUCGCUAAAGCGUUUGAAUUUAAAGGCAAGCUGAAGUUUGACACCACCAAAGCCGACGGCCAGUUCAAGAAGACGGCCUCGAAUGCGAAACUUCGCCAGCACCUGCCGCAAUUCCAGUUUACGGACUUCGAUGUCGCUAUCAAGGAAACUGUCCAGUGGUAUAUCGAAAACUACGAACGUGCGAGAAAGUGAAUACGAAAUGUAUAUUAUAGGCAGAAA